GGGUGAAUAAGAAGAAAAUACAGUUUCUUAUAAAUCUCCUCUGUUUGCAGUGACAGUUUUCCAGAAGAGGUCCAAACUCAGAAACCAACACAGUGAUUUUCUUGGUGCACCAUAGCCAAUGUAGGAACACUCUUGUCCACAAUGCUAGCGGAGCUGCACUUACUUUACAAAACAUAGAUAAGGCAAAAGCGUAUGUUUUUAAGCAGCUCCUUCCAGGUUUUUUUAUCCAUACGGGUGUGGCCAUGUGUUGGGAUUGGCCAGCGUUUUGGGCCCGUAACGGCAGGUAGUAAUUGUGUGUGUCCGCAGGUAGUAACGUGCUUCUUCUUUUCCUUUUUUUUUUAACCCCACCCCUCCACCCCCGGGACUGGUUUGAAGCAGGUUUGGGAUGAUAAAUCUGUCUCCUGGAUUCUGUGGGCAUACCAACCACAGCCUUUAAGCAGCUGGAUAAUCUCUUCUUGAAACAAGUGUAGUCGUGUAACCAGUUUAACUUGUAACAUAGGCAUGUUGUCAGUGUGAGGCACCCCUGGAUCUUUCUUAUCUACAGUUUCUAGGGCUACUUUGAGAUACUAAAGUUCCCUAAAUUUCACGGUAGCCACAAAACUGUAAGACUCGAGCAAAGGACACGGAUAAUUUCUGCUGUCAGAGGGUAUCUUUAUAGUUUUUUGGUUUUAGAAAUGAAAAUGCUUUAAAUGCCAGAAGCUAGUUCCUCUACCUUUGGAUUGUUGGUAGCUGCACACACAGUCUCUAGACUAUCAAGUAAAAUUUGAGAUACUGAUUUUUCUUUUUUUCUCAAAUACUGAUAUUGGUAUUUUUGUCUUAUUUUAAAAAAAUAUAAAGGGAGGGACUGAACCCCUGCCUAACAGCACAGGUUACCUCAAAAACUGUUGCCUGUUCUCUGACAUACAUCAAGCUGGCAUUCAUACUGGAAUAACUUCAUAUGGUAAUAAUGUAGCAAUAAUGCACCAUUAGCUUUUUCUGUGGAUUGCUGUGGGAUGGUAUGAAGUCAGGAGUGUUUUCUACUUUAACUGAAAGCCAAAGGAAGUUUUCAUCCUGGUUAAAGAAUUCAAAUUUCAUAUACUUUUCUAGAUUAGUGCAAUUAUCUGGAACUUUUUUCCCCCUGUGCUUUUCUGUAUUCUGUGUCCUCAUUGUGUUACUCCAGGGUUUAGAGGUGGGUUUUUUUGGAAGAAAACAGUUAAUAUCUGUCUGGUGUGAUUAUCUCAGUGAUUCCUGCCAAAAUACCAAGGAGGAGCAGAAGUUACACAGCACGGUACAACAGGAUUUAGCCAGAGGCUGAAAGAAGAAUGGGACUGGGGAGAGUUAUUCUAUGUUGCACGUCAGAAGAGGGCAUCUGGGCUGACCCUCAGCAAGCACAGAUGACUUCCCAAGCGAAGUAAUUUUAAAAUGUUUGGGAAGUUUUGAUGCUGUAGCAGACGUGGUAGGAACCAAACCAACAAUGGAUAAAAUAACAGGAUUGGGGCUGGUGGACUAUCUGCAGAAUAACUUCGCUUGGUUUGAGAGGAGCCUCGGGCGGCUAGUUGGGCUGUUGGUGUGACUAGCUCCGAGUUAUUGCUUUUGUAGUUACAAAUGUAUCAAAUACCUACAUGAGCUGAAAACCUGGGAAAUGCAUAAAUUAAGAUUCCUUAUCUUCUGUCAGCAUCUUUCUGUGGAUAUAAUGCAGUCUUUACCAGAGUGUUUUAACCCAAAUUAUAGCUUAAUUAAUCUGCUGUGCUUAUAUCAUGAGACUAAUUCAUGAAUCUGAUGCAUUAUUUUGACAGGUGAUAAGAGCUUUACAUGAUAGGACUGCCCAAGCUUUUCCUUCACAUUACCAUUUUUGCGUGUGGGAAUGUAAUGAUAAAGGUUUGGGGGGUGGUUUUUACUCAUUUUUUUUAACUGAAAAAUGGCAUCAGUUAUUCUGGUGGUGUGUUGGGGUACUGCUUGCAAAGGGUGAGCUGGGCUGGAUGUGGGCGUGGGCAGCAGGGGGAAGGGUCGGUGUGACGUCGCGCUGAGCUAGGGAGAGGUCGGCAUGACGCCAUUUGUGGUCUUUAGCGUGAGCCGGGAGGCCACGCGCGUGACGUUAACAGUCCCGUGUCCGCGACACCCGGCUCCAAUCAGUCGGUACUAAAGCUAGGGCGGAGGCCGGGCUGCUUCCCCGGUUCGUGAGGACGCGGAAGCGCAGUCUGGCGUCACGGCUACGUCACGCGGAGGCGGGGAUCGCCGGUCCCGCCCACCCGCGCGGGGCGGUGCGUUGCUAGGCUACCGGACGCCGGGCGUGAGGCGCUGCACUGCGACAAGGCGGGGCCGCCGCCGCAGCGCGGCGCGCGCCGGGGCUCCUACACUGCCUGCGCCGCCGCGUUUCCCCCCUCCCCGCCUACCCCUCUCUCCUGUCAUCCUAUUGGCUGGCCCCGGCGGGGGGGGCGGGGUCUCAUCACCCGUCCAGCGCCGAUUAGCGGCCGCUGCCCACCCUCCCCCCCCCCCCCACGGCGCUCCCCCUCAGCGAGAGGGUGGGGCUGGGCGGUGCUGGCGUGUGAGGGUGUCUCUCUCCCGCGCUUCGGGCACGGCACGGCGGGACGCGGACACCCGUGGGUCCCGCCGUGCCAAGGAGCCCCGGGGCGGCUCUGCCGAGCUCCUCAGCGGGAGCGGCCGCUCCCGGACUCCGGCGCCUCCGGCUUGGCUCCGCCAGACGCCCGGCGCGGCGUCCCUCGCACCUUGAGGAGGAGCCCUUCCCCGACCCGCCGCGCCGUUUUGCCUCUCCGACCCCUCGCCUGGGAGCCCGCCAGGCUUAAGUAGCCAAAGAUGAGUCGUGGAUUUUCAGAAAACAAUAACCUUCUGUACGACAACAAUCAAAUGGUUUUGGAUAUGAUCCUGUGUUCCCUAAUCGGUGUUCCUCAUCCUAUCAACUGGGAUAGUGUGGCAAGGCUAGUUCCAGGAUAUACAUCCAAAGAGUGUGCAAAAAGGUUUGAUGAACUAAAAAGCAGUGGAAGUUCACCUGUUGACAACCAGUAUAAUUCCCUGAUGGCUGCUGGUGGGAGUCCUGUGGAAACUUUAGCUACGUACAUCAAAUCCUCCUUGCUCGAUACACAGACAGAGUUUCAGGAUCCUGCUAUUGGGCAGGAUUCCAUUACUAUAACUGGAAGACCCAGCACAACCUCCACAAGGAAUUGUUCUUCAGAAUCUGAGAAAGGUCCUGUGCAGAAAGGUGGAGAAAGCAGCAAUGAAAGCCAGGGGCCAAACAUGGUGAUCCAUGUGUGCGAUGAAGCUAAAAAUCUCAAAGAAGAUUUUGUUUGUCCUCGAGACCUUUUGAUUUCGGAAAUGAAAUACUUUGCUGAAUAUCUGUCAGUGGAUGCCCAGCGCUGGGAAGAGGUGGACAUUUCAGUGCACUGUGACGUUCACAUCUUUGACUGGUUGAUAAGAUAUGUUAAAAGGAACACUAAAGAUUCUGAAGCUAAUGAAAUGCCUACUCUAGAACCAUCAAAUGUCAUAUCAAUUCUUAUUUCUUCUGAGUUUUUGAAGAUGGACUCAUUAGUAGAAAAAUGCAUUAAUUAUUGUCACAAAAAUAUGAAUGCUAUUGUAGCCACGCCCUGUAACAUGAAUUGUAUCAAUGCUAAUCUUGUCACGCACAUUGCUGAUCUCUUCACACACAAUGAAUUGGAAGAGUUGAAGGACAAAAGGGACAAAUUUAAGAGUAAACUUUUCUGCAAGAAGAUUGAGAGACUGUUUGAUCCAGAGUACGUAAAUCCAGAUUCUCGAGGAAAUGCAACAACAUUAUACAGGUACAGUCGUCUUUUUAUUACUUCUUCAGUUGCAAGGACAGUCCCUGUGUUUCAAAGUCCUGCUCUUACUCCAGUACUUUCUUUUUUCUCUUCUUUUUUUCUUCAAUCUAGGUGUUGUUUAUGUAAAAAGCUACUAACUAAAGAAACCGAAAGAAGAAUUCCUUGUGUACCAGGAAAAAUCAACAUAGAUCAAUAUGGGAAUAUUGUCUAUGUUCAUAUAAGAGACAAAACCUGGGAAGUCCACGAGUACCUAAUUGGCCUUCAUGAGGAAUUGAAAUCUUGGCGGGAUGUUUACUGGCGUCUUUGGGGGACGGUCAAUUGGUUGACCUGCUCAAAAUGUAACCAGACUUUCCUGUGUACUGAAUUCUCCCAUUGCCAGUACCAUUCGCAGCCGGUUCUUUAUCCAGGUGUAGCAAGUGCUCUGGGCUCGACUGGGACAGGAGUAUAUCCCUGUUGUAACCAAAAAGUACUUCGAUUUGAUCCUACAACCCUCCCAAAGGGCUGCAAAGUGAGGGAUCACACGGUUGAUUUACCUUCAGGAAAUGAAGAUAGAGAUGCUUUGCCAUCUGAGAGUACUAAAAUAUUGAAUGAUCUGCUUCAUCAUAGAGAUGUUAUUGUUGUUCCUUUCACUAAGGAUGAGAAUAGUGAUUCUGGUAUUGGGCUCUGUGAUGAAAAAGGCAUUGAAUGUGAUGUGCUUGUAGAACCAAAUACGCCGUGGGGUCCCAAAACUGGAGAAAUCAAUGCUUUUCUUUCUCUGAAGAACUGGACUUUGCAGCUGAAACAGCAGUCAUUGUUAUCUGAAGAAGAGGAGUAUACCACUGGCUCAGAGGUCACUGAGGAUGAAGUGGGGGAUGAAGAAGAAGUAUGCAGGAAACCAGGAAGAAAGGAGAAACUAAAGAAAUCCUACAAGCACCCAAAGAGAGUAGUUUCUUCACCUAGUGUUCAGAAAAAGGAUAAGCCAUCUGACAAGUCAAGUUCCCGAGAUGCAUCUCCAUUCGUUGUGAGUAUGCAGCAGAACAAAUGGGAUGCCUCCAGGUCACUAAGAUUCAACCAAGAUGCUCAAAGAGAAGAUGAUCAGAGGAGAAUGUCUGAGAUUACAGGGCACUUAAUAAAAAUGAGACUGGGAGACCUUGAUCGAGUCAAGUCAAAAGACAGCAAAGAAUACGCAGGAGGCAUUUAUUCUAGACUUGAAGCUCAGAUAAAAGCCUCAGCACAGGUCAAUGCACGACAAAACAAUGCUGAGAAGAAUGCCAGGUCAAAAUCCCGUUUUGGUCAAGGCCGUCCAAUGUAAGGAUUUAUGAAAAAACUUUAGCCAGACUAUCUUACUGCUUCCUGAAACUGUACUGCACUCAGUCGUAUGGAGAAUGCAUACCCCUGAAAGCUUUCCAGUGACUUAUUUAUUACUUUAAGCCUUGUAAAUUAUUUUGUGCGAUAAAUGAAUGCAAAUCCAAUAAGGUCUGUAUUUAUUUUAAUUGUAAAUAUAUUAUUUCUUAAAUUUAAACUUAACUGCUUUUUUUAGGCUAUUAUGUUAAGUUGCAUAGAAAAAAUUUUAUCAAUCUAUGAAGCUAAAUUAUUAGACUAACUUUAUUUAUGGGGGAAGACAUAAAUACACCUUUUAGUAUGCUAGAAAUACUGAAAAGGUAAAAGCAAGACUACUGAAUUCUGAGUACAGUCAGCAGCAUUAACACUGUGUAGUAUUUGAUGGUACAUUUUAGGUCAGUCCUCUGGGGAUUUGCAUUUAAAAGUCCGUGACAAUACCUGUGACUUAGGCUAGUGUAAGCAAAAUCUUAAUGCAGUUCUGAGGCUUCCUUCUGUAAUCACACAACUCCCUUUUGUGUGAAGGUGGGUAGCAGGUAGAGACUAGACCUCUAAAGAUUAUAUAAAUGCCAUGACAAUGCAGUAUUGCAUCUUGCACGUGAAACGCUUGCUUGUAUGUGAAAUUAAUGCUCAUUCCCAUUCCAUAUCUGACUCCUCUUGCACAAUGAAGUGUUCUGUUCCCUUCUGAUAUCCAGACUUCAGGACGCAAAGCUGUUCUCUCUCUUAAUGAUGCUAUGUCACUAAAUGUCCAAGCAGAUAUGCUACUGAUUCUGCAUCUUUCAACAGAGAUGAAUCACUAUGAAGAUUUGUGCAUUCAGAUCUUUUGGGUCUAGUUACUUGCUGAAACCUGCCUGAAUAAUACUGUUUAGAAGUCAGAUGCACUUUCAAGUUCUGUAUUUGGAGCAAUAGAAUACAAGUUUGUCUAUGUGUAAAAUCCAGGGCUACCAAAAUGAAAUAACUUCCCUAGAAAAUGUCGCAUAUUAGCAAAGAAAAUGGCAAUAGUGGCAAUAAUAAUGGCUGAAUUCAAGUAAACAUGUUUUGACUUUUUGAAACAGAUAGAAAGAGUGCUCAGGGAAAGCUUAUUCCAGGCCACGCUGCUCAAUAAAUUGUGAGUUUGGAAUUAAGUCAGCGAGAUCCUAGGUGGGAGGGAGACCAUUGUUUAAAUGCACUCUUCUCUCCAUUCAGGCUUGUUUUGUCUUGUUUCUUGAGGAUUUUCAUUGAAGACUAGGCAUUAGAAGACUAGGAUAGCAAUACUUGAAAAUACUGCUUUCAAGGUGGAAGAUUUUUAUUGAAACAAUUAAAAAUUAAUGUUGUUUAUUGUGUGUCUUGUCCAAUGCUAUAGCAAAGUUUGAGCCCAAUGAAAUCAACAGGCAAAACUGUGGAUUUCAAUGGCUUUGAUUUUUGGGCAGGAGUGGUAACUUUGCAGGAGCGCUUUAAUCUGUAUAAAUAAAUAAGGCGCUAUUAAUGCCUCAGACCUGUUUGUAAGUAGUAAUGCUGUUUCAAGCACUUACAGUAAACAUUGGAAAACUGUUAUUUGUUGAAAGAGGAAGUAUUAUAAAAUCCACUGGGUAUGAAAACACAGUGGAGUAAGUGUUCUGCUACAAUUUAUUGACUCCUGAUAGAGGAUUGUUCCAAAUUCCCAUGGUAAACUUUGCUAUGAAAUUUGCAGGCUGCAUGUAUGUGUGUUUAGUGUACAUAGAACGACUGACUAGAAGAGAAAGGGAAAAUUCAGCUGUGUGUUUUAUUGGGGGAAAGUGCCAGUUCUAUGUGCCAGUAUUGUUUUAUUCAGAAAUAUUUUUGAGCAUAUAAAAAUAACAUACAUGAUAUGCAGUCUAGCUUUUUUCCCCUUGCCAACCACCUUGAAUUUUUAUUUUGUAUUAAUUUUGAAAAUUUGUCUUGGUUUAAAGAAAAUAAAUGUUACUGAUUUAAGAAGUGUGUGAGUUUU